AAUCCUUCCUUCUGGUAAAACGUUUACUGCAGACAAAGCUGACUAUCGCAGGUCGUUAGAGGGUUUUAUUUACCCACAAUUUAUUUUCAAAUGGGCCCCGUCGCCUAGCGUUAACUCCCCUACCAGCCUCGCCGAUUGAGUUGGGUGCUAUUUAACAUCAGCACGUCUCUGGGUAACAAAAAGGGUUUCUAUCUAACGCACGAUUCAACAAGGUCGGGAGAAUGGCAGCGAUCAACGCAGGCGGUUCUCUUGUGGCUACCCAUGACUACUACCGAAGGCGCAUCGGCUCCACCUCCAGCAGCAGCUCCUGUGGUAGUUCAGAGUACAGCGGGGAAGUCAUCCCACACCAUCCAGGUCUGCCCAAACAAGACUCGGGACAUUGGUGGGCAAGUUUUUUCUUUGGGAAGCAGAACCAGCCAGGAAUGACCCCUCUGACAGAGGAGGCCCAGCAGAAGGCGGCGGCCAUGACCGUGACCAACGGCCAGGUGACGUGCGUUGCCAGGGAGAUGGCGAUGACGAGGCAGGUCAGCGACGGCAGCGAAGCCGUGAGGUCCCAGCCGGGGAGUCCACCUCCCUCCUGAGAGAGGGGACAAACGCUAGGAGACGGAGGCUGCGUCCCCGUCCCCUAGACACUUGACUCUGUUCCAUCCUCCGCACUAGCACACUACAUAGAAUGUAUGCCUGUUACAUCACUUCAUACUAGGUAGUAUGCUAGUGUAGAUAUUGGAACAGACCCCCUUAACCCUUGACUGUGGAUUUGUUCCAAAUGGCACCCUGUUCCCCAUUUUUUUUUUUCUUUGUGCACUACUUUUGACCAGGAUCCAUUGGGCUCUGGUCAAAAGUAAUGCGUUAUCCACAUUAGCUACAUAGAAUGCAUGCCUGUUAUAUUGCUUCAUGCUAAGUAGUAUGGAUAUUGGAAGACACCCCUCUUUUAGUUUUGUCUUUAGUAGGACAGGCUGCCAAUGAACUUUUUUUUGUAACUGUUUUUUGUAUCUAUGAACAAAUAUUAAAAAAAAGUUUUAACCUACCUUUUUUUUUUUUACAUUUGUACUUGUCUGUGACAACGUGGCGCACUCACAACUUUUGUUAACCUCGUCACUUUGUCACCCUGUGAUCGCAGAUGUCCAGUAAAAGUUGCCUCAGCCUAA